CUCAUUGCUGUUGAGCUUCACACAUAGAAUUUUGAUUCCUCGCCAUUGUUACACAGAAAAGGUUGCUAGAGAGAGGGAAACUUUGAAUCCAUGAAGAGGCAAAAUAGUCAAUUAUCGUCGACUUCUCGCCGGGAUACUCCGCCGGAAAGUCUUCGAGCUAAAGGCAUUGGUUGCAUGUCCGGCAUUAUUCAUCUUCUUUCCAAGUACCAGAAUCGCCACAAGAUCAAAUCCCUCACGUUUGGAAAGAGUAAGCAGGAGAAGGAUAUUAUUGUGUUCUCUUCUUCUUCUUCUUCUUCUCCGACGGACCAAAUCCUAGUCUCAGCGUCUGGUGGUUCUCAGGCUUCUCCACAAUCGCAGGAACAGCGAAGGCCGCGAAGUGAUAAAGAAAGAAAAGGAACGGAGGUUGUUGAUUUACGGAUCAGAAGAAUCUCCUCCGAUUUGCCGACGAGGAGUCCGACUCUUUCGGCGGAGAUACGGCGGUCGAGUUCCGUGAACUCGCCGGCGACGACGAUCGGAACUUCUCCGGCUCUAGUAGCGCGGUUGAUGGGACUGGAAUCGGUACCGGUGGAAACGUCAUCCAGCGAGAAGAGAAGGAAGCUGUUGGGAGCACUGGAGAAAUGCGAUAAUGACUUGAAGGCUCUGAAGGAGAUUAUCAUGGCGUAUCGGUCUCCGGAUAGUCAUCCACCGGCGACGCCGAUUGCCGGAAAAUGCCUGAAUCGAGAAAAAGUAAGGACGAUUUCUGGACGGAAGUGUAGGGACAGUAAAUGUGGCGACGGCGAGAAGCGGCAGCAGCAGAGUGCAGUGUCCGUGCUCAACGAGUCCAGUCGCUUGCAUCUGAACAGAAUCAAUCGUACCACCAGAGGACGCGAAAACGGACAAGAAAUAUUGCAGCAGCAGCCGAAGAUCAAGAAGCCAACAGUUGAGGAAAAAGACGACUCCUUCAAGGCAUCGACAUUAUUAAUGAAGAAGAAGAAGGAUGAUGAGGUAGAUGAUGAUCCGCCAUUAACGUGGAGAAGCAAGGCCAUGGGCGAGAGCUUGGAUGAAAUCUCCAACGAAAUCUCAUGGGGCCUCAAACGCGAGAUGGCGAAAAUAGGUAUGGCUUUACAACAUCACAUUUACAGAGACUUGAUUGAUGAGAUGCUCACUGAUAUGCCUUUUUCUUCUCCUUAUUCUUCUAAUUUCUUCCUCCCCAUUGAUUAUUAUAAUUCCAUGAUUCCCCCCUUUGAAGCAUGUAGGAGAAGACUGCCUUUCUGAAUUUCCUUCUGAUUUCUUUUCGUUUUUCUCUUUUCCAUACACAUAGAUAUGUCCCCACAUUCACACUUUUGAGUACUAAUUUUCCUCUAGAGCUCAAAUUAGCGUUGUACAAGAAUGAGUAGCUUUUCGACGUUUUUACGUCUUUUUCCGACGUUUUGAAGCGUCGGAAAAACUCAAAUUUCUUGUAGUAAUGCAUGCACAUGCACUUUUUCUUAGUCAGUCUUUUAUUCUUGUAAGAUGUUAUUGACUCGGUUUGAUAAUAGUUUUGUUAUUAUUAUUACUACUAUAGCCCAUGAGGAGGAACUAGGAAGGCAGAAAUAAUGUUUUGAGGGGCAAUAAUCUUUCUAUUCUUAAAAUUUUUUUGCGGACAAAAUUAUAAAUCUAGAGCUCACAUGGGAAUAUAAUCUAGGAAAUUGUCUCUCUCCUUCCUGUUUUUUUGGCUUCGAGUCCUCUGCUCUAUCUGUAUAAUUCUUUUGAAUGGAAUCAGAGAGGGGUAGAGUUUAAA